UUUAGCUUGUUCAAGAGAAUCGAUUCACAAAUAUGAAUCUCGCUUACGUCACCGCUGGUAACCAAUCAACGAUUAUCUCUCUCAGCAGCCAAUCAGCUCUCAGUCAACGCUCUUGAAUCCUCUACAGCGGGUUGUUGUGUAUGUUUUGGUAACGUUAGUUGAGGAAGAAAAUUCCCAAAAAGUUUUAAGAGUAAAGCUUAACUCGGCGACCUUUUCCUUACAAUUGGAUCCCAUAUGUGUUAGUUUUUAAGUCUUAAUGUGUAACUGACAAUUAUUUUUAAAAAUGCUGCGGGAGGAAGUGAAAAAGCUGAAAGUGACGGAGUUGCGGGCCAUGUUGAAAGAGCGAGGACUUGAAGCGAAGGGCCUGAAGGCCGAGCUUGUGGUUCGGCUAAUCUCUGCGAUUGAAGCUGAAAAUGAACCCGUCAAACGUGGAGAUACAGUGGAAAAUGUGUGUGAAGAGACUAUCACAGAACCUCCAGAAGAUUCGUCAGCGUUUCUCUCUGAUGAACAUAAGCCGUGUGUUAGGACGCAGUCUCCAGUGUGCGCUAGUUCUUCAAACACCAGCAUGAAAGAUUUUGCUGAUCAAAGUACACAGACUGAACCACAGCAGCUCUGUUCAUGUCGCCUCAUCGAUGCUAGUGCCAUCGCAGAGCCGCUGACCACGAGUACUUUACAGGCUAUUGAGAAGAGGUUACAGCAGACUAACGUUGAUCCACAGCCGUCAGUCCUGAGAGACGCUGAAGAAAAUGCAUUGUCAGGAGGCUCAUUAUCAGCCUUGGGUAUUUCUAAAGAACCACAGGAGCAAGAACAGGAGCUCUAUAAUCCGUCAGAUGGACAUGAGACCGUGGACUCCACACCAGAGGAUAGCAGAGAACCGGAGAAGCCUUAUGAGGAGAGGGGGAGAGAUUAUUAUGAGUUCAAAGAGGACAUUCUUUACAAUAGAGCGAAGACACCAGAGCCUGUGGAAGAGCUGCCAGAGCCUGUAGAAGAACCUGAAGUAGAUUUUGUUCGACUGGAUUCCUAUAACGGUGACCUACAUUUUGAGGUGGACUCUAAUGGAAGCAGCGGUCAGCCACUCUUCUGGGAGAAAUUCCCUCUUCUGUGGUCUGGAUGUAGGAUGACCCAUGGCUAUUGUCAAGGAAAGGUCGGAUUCGAAGCCAAGUUUGUGAAGCGACUGUCAGCACCUGCAUUAAACACAAAUAAUGCCCCUGAUCUACAUGUGCUCAGAGUGGGCUGGUCUGUGGACAGCAGUAGUCUUCAAUUAGGAGAGGUGGAGUUGUCGUAUGGUUUUGAUGGACGGGGGAGUAUAGUAACAGGAGGAAAGGAAGAGUCAUUUGGUGAGCCAUUCACAGAAGGAGAUGUCAUUGGCUGUUAUGCACACAUUGAUGAGACGGGAGAAGCAACACUUUCAUUUCACAAGAAUGGACGUUCUCUUGGAGUGGCGUUUCACCUAAACUCCUCUGUUCUUGGAGGUCAAGCUCUUUAUCCUCAUGUUCUCUGCAAAAACUGUUCAGUUUCAGUAAAUCUUGAUCCAGAUGCUCCCUGGUAUCCUUUUCCUGCUGGUUUCAGCGCACUGUCAACACUUCCUCCUGGCCAGAGGACUCGCGCACCUUUGCCAGCAGCAUCUAAAAGUGACUGUGAGGUGUUAAUGAUGGUUGGGAUGCCAGGUUCUGGUAAAACCCACUGGGCUCAAGCUCAUAUAUUGCAGAACCCAAGCAAACGAUAUGAUCUGCUGAGUACAAACUCCAUUCUGAACUGCAUGAGGGAGCCCACUGGAGCCAAUCACAGAGAGCUGAUGCUGCAGCAGGCCACUCAGUGUGUCAGUCAACUCAUCAAAAUAGCUGCAGCCAAGAAGAGGAACUACAUCCUUGAUCAGGCCAACAUUUAUCCAUCUGCUCAGCGACACAAGAUGCUCUGUUUCCAUGGUUACCAGCGAAAAGCAGUGGUUGUUUUUCCACCCGACGAGGUGUGGAGGAGCCGCCUCGUACAGCGCCAGGAGCAAGAGGGCAUUGCAGUUCAGGAGACAUCUCUUCUCAAAGCCAAAGUGAGCUUCACAGUGCCAGUGCAGGGACAGCAUCUGGAGGAGGUGAUGUUUGUGGAGCUCAACUCGGAAGAAGCCCUGAAGCUCUUAACACAGUACAAAGAGGAAGCACGCAGACUCCUUCCCACACCUCCCAAACGCAAAAAAUACAGACAAGGAUGUCAGAAACACCUCAUUCAUCACUGUGGACGUAGGCGAGGUCCAUACAGCUGUCGAAAUCACUACACGUCCCAGAAAGCACAUGGUUGGAGUUCACCUGCUUUCGGUCAGCCUUACGGAUACAGCAGUGACCCGCAGAGAUACAGGAAUUAUUAUAGACCGUACACUGGGCAGUGGAGCUUGUACGAGCUAACCCAGAGCUAUGGCAGCACGUAUAACAGCUCUUCAAGUUAGUUGGAGGACUCUGAUGAACCCAAAAGUAAUAAUAUAGCAAGAAAAACAGCCCAAAUCAGAGCAUGUUUUGUUCUGAUUAGCAGAGGUUCACCUUUACAGAAGUAAUUGGCUCUGUCUGUCGGUAAUUUCAUUAGCAAAGGUCAUUGACUAUAAUGAGUUAGCCUGAAUACCUGAAUCCAUUUUGUUUUUAGAGGCUAGGAAAUCAAAAAAAUUAACAUUCUGCCUUCAUUUUCUGUUACCAUGGUGAAACACGAAAGCAGAUGUGCAGAAUGUUCAAGCUGCUCAUAUGUUACUUGACAAGCACCACAAAGAGCAUUUCUACAGUUCACACAUUGGGUUUUUUAAUGCUAAAUUUUAUAGUUUUAAAGGGUUAGUUCACCCAAAAAUACAAAUUCUGUUAUUAAUUGUGUGGUGUGUGUCACUGUGCAGCGUUUAUGAAGGCGUGCAAUAUACUGACACUGAGAAAUAACUUUUAAAUAAAGUAGUUAUUUUGUUUUAAGUGCGCAAAAGUAUUAUCGUAGCUGGAAAAUAAUAUCAAAGAUCCACUCAGGGCAUAUGUAUGGAGACCCGGCAGAGAUAUGAUGGUGAGAAAACUUUUUUCCAUUAAAGCUGUGAUCGUCGCCCUUCCUAUGCAACCUCUGAGUCAGCGAAUGCAUGUAUAAGCACUGACUGACAGACGCGCUCCAUAUGAUAAACUGAUGCCAGAUCAGCUUCUGUACACGCCAUUUAAAGAGAAGCUAAAGUGCAAGACACUUUAAGAUUCGGGUGUGUGUUUAAACAGACAAAUACUCUUAAUAAUAUGUAAACGUGUCCAUCCUGCAUGUUUUUGUUUAACAACUAAUUUUCUCUUAAAUGAGCACAAACAGUUACUAAAGUAAUGGAACGCUUUUAUUAUAGAUCUGUGCAUUCUUACAGAGACACCUCUGUUAUCAAACUAAACAAAACGAGAGAUCCAUUUGCUGCUCUUUACUUGUUUGAUAACAGAGCUGUCACUUUAAAUAGUGUGUACAGAAGUUGAUCUUGUAUUAAUUUCAUGGUGCUUACAAGAUAAAAAAUAUGGGAGAAAAAUGGGAACAUACUUAAUGAUAAGAUGAUAGCGGAAUAGAAUGGUAAAAUAUGAGAGAAUCCCGGCAAAUACGGGAGGGUUGAUAUAUAUGAAGUGAAUAGUUUGUGGAACAACAGUUUUCAAAGGGGAACACAAAAAUAAAAAAAUAUAUAUACAGUUGAAACCAGAAGUUUACAUACAAUCUUAGGAAAGGAACAACCAUUUUUAAAAUAAUGUCUGAUGGUGAAUCAUACUAAACGUUUACUAUUUUAGGUCCGUUAGGAUUACCUAAAUGAUUUACAUUUGCUAAAUGCCAGAAUAAUGAGAGAAUUUUUGUAUUAAUUUCUAGAUAAUCAAAAUUUUACAUACAUUUCCUUGGUAUUUUUUUAGGUUUUGCUUUUAAACUGUAACUUUGGUUAAAUGUUUUAGGUAUCCUUCCACAAGCGUCUCACAAUAGUUUGCUGGAACUUUGCCACAUUCUUGCUGACAGAACUGAGUCAGAUUUGGUGGCUGUCUUGCUCGCACAAGCUUUUUCAACUCUGCCCACAAAUUUUCUAUGGGAUUGAGUUCAGGGCUUUGUGAUGGCCACUCCAAAACAUUCACUCUGUUGUCCUUAAAGGGCCAUGAAACCCCCCACUUUCGGUUCAAGUCUACCUCAGAAUUUUUAAUUUUUUUUUAAAUGCAUCAUAAUGAGGCAGGAGUGGCCGUGGCCAGCAGAACAAGGGAGUAGGAGGGGAGCGAACAGCUGUUAUCAGUUGGCUCACACAAUGAGACUCUAACCGUGAGGAGACUCAUGAUUUUAUAGUUUACAAAGUUAAAAUGCUACAAAGUUUUAAAGUUUACAAAGUUAAAAGAAAUUAACAGUAAUUUAAUGUCCGGCUACAUUUGUUAUUCGGACUUUC